AAAAAAACACUCUGUGUAGUUGUGUUUCUCCCACAUACUCUUACGUGCUCCGUUGUACAUCCGAGUGCACCACCGACCCUCCCUCCCUCCCUUUUGACCUUCUUCCUUUUUCCACUUCAAUUCAAUUCAAUUCAAUUCUAGGGUUUGGUUUUCCCUUUUUCAUUUCCUUUCCCUUUUUUUUUUUUUUUCUCUUUCUUAACACCGUCCUUGUGUCUGUCGUCUCGAUCACUCCCCUUACCGAUCCCUUUUUCCUUUCAAAUCCAUUCACUACCAGUACCACCACCCUCGCGCUUAUUCCAAUUCCUUGUAUGUAAAUUCCCUCUCUCUCUCUCUCUCUCUCUCUCUCUCUCUCUCUCUCAUAUCAUCAAGAUUCCAAAGGUUUUGAUAGGGUUUUUCUUCUGCUCCUUCACUAUGGGGCCAAGUGUUUAUUUGAUCGACUGUAGUAGUAGUGGUGGUAGUAGCACUUAAGUCUAUUCGGAUUUAAUACUCCCUCUUUUUUGAAUCUUCCCCCUUUUUUUUUCCCCUUGUUUCCUUUGUCGGCGAAUCAAACUUCUAUCUUCUUUUGGUUUUCAAACAAAAACAAAACACAAGUCUUUUAGAUACAGCAAGUAUUAUUUAUGGCGUAUCAGCCGGCGAUUCCACGUCCGAGUUCAGGAUCGAGUUCCAGUUCGGGUUUCCAAUUCCCGAAUUCCCCUUUCGGUGACACCACCUACACCAAGGUCUUCGUCGGAGGCCUCGCUUGGGAGACUCAGAGCGAAACCUUGGGCCGUUACUUUGAACAGUUUGGUGAGAUUCUUGAGGCCGUUGUCAUCACCGAUAAGCACACCGGCCGAUCCAAAGGCUAUGGCUUCGUGACUUUUCGGGAGCCUGAGUCUGCAAGAAGGGCGUGUGCUGAUCCAACACCAAUUAUUGAUGGUAGGCGGGCAAAUUGUAAUUUGGCUUCACUUGGACGGCCUGGACCUUCUCUACCAUUUGGACGUAUUGGAUCGCCAAGACCCUACAUUGGCAGUGUCCCAGCUGGCCGGGGGGCCUACGUUGGAGGUUUCGGCUACCAGCAACCAGUUUCUUACAACUAUCAACAAGGAUUUAUGUAUCCUCCAUACGGGUAUACGACAUAUGGUUCUGAAUACGUCUACCCACAGGGUGUUUACAAUCCAUAUGCGGGUCAGCAGUACCUUCAAAUAUAUGGUGUUCCUGGAACAGUUAACCCAGCUAUGUACCCUUAUAGCCAAUUGGGUCAGAGUAUUCCAGGUGGCCAGGGUUAUACUGCGGUGCAGGGCUAUACAAUGCCAGGUCAUCAGAUUGUGCAAUUUGGUGGGCCCGGUGUCAAUGCAAUAACAACUUCACCUAUUCCCACGCUUCAAGUGCCAUAUCCUACAGGUAUUGGUGCACCGGUUCCAGGACAACCACAGUUCAUAGUUCCUGCUCAUUCUCCUCAGUUCAUGCAAGCUAGCGGUUCUGACCAAAAAUCAGGGUGAGGGGUUGAUCAAGGUAUCCUUAAGAUUGCAGCGGGACUAAGAGGAUCGGUACUGCUACUUGAGUGGCGGGAUUUGAAUCUAGCCUUGCAAAUUAUUCAUUUCGCAUUCUAGAGGUUACGCAUAGUCAUGCUCACCAGAGAAGUCAUGUGUCCGAGUCGCUCCGGAUGGUGGAGAAAGGGACCAUGGAAGAUGCGGGCUGCUCUUCUGUCAUCAUUGUAAAUUUGAAAACUUGUGUACUGCCAGUUGUUCAGAUGACUGGUAGAGAGUGAGAGUCAUGGAUUGAUGGAAUGCUUGAAUGGGUUUCUGGCAACCAUCAUAGGAAUAAAACUGUGCAUGGUAGAAUCAAAAUAUGAUUCUUUUUACGGUCCAAUCCCAGCAUUUUGGGAGUGUAAAUAGUCUCUGGUGUCUCUUUUGGUGGGUUAGAAUCAAAAUAUGAUUCUUUUGUUGUCCAGUCCCAGCAUUUGGGUGUGUAGAUAAGUCUCUGGUGUUCGUGGUGUUGGGUCCUGCAUUGCAUUUGAACAUCAUGUAUGUGCAUAGAACCAACUUAGUCUAAUCGAAGCUAUAAGUGAAAGCCUUGACCGAGUCGUGUGACCGUGUCAAUGGUAAUUAGGGUUUUUAUUUCGGAACUCUAUUCUGUAAAAUUUGGGUUAUUUUGAGAGCAUGACCUCAAAGCAUGAGUGAAGCUCCAGAGCUAUCCAUUUCCAAGAACUUUUGUGUA